AAGAACACGGAAUAAGGAAGAAAAAAGAGAACGAAUGAAAAGGGUGAAGAGGCGAGCGAGAAUGAAGCAGCCAGGGUCCGCAGGGUUGAGCGGUGUCGAGGAGCGUGUGAGGCGUUGGAGCAGCACACGGUGUCGCUGCAGGCUCAGAAACGGCGUGUCGACGGCUCCGCCCCGGUGCGAGCGGCGUAGAGCCCGGCUGUGAGCGCGGCGGGGCGGCGCGGGCCGAGCAGGAGAGCAGGUGCAUCCGGGCUGCGCCGGGGAGCCGAGCGGGGCCCGGGCCGGUGCCAGAGGCUGCGAUGGCAAGGGAGAUGGGCCUGUGUGGUGGUGCCUUGUUGCGAGUGCUGGUGCUGCAGAUGGCCUGGGCUCUGGUCGGCGGGCAGGUGCGGUACUCGGUGCCGGAGGAAGCCAAGGCCGGCACGGUGGUGGGCCGGCUGGCGCAGGACCUGGGCCUGGAGGCGGGCGAGCCGGAGGCGCGGCGGCUGCGGCUGGUGUCGCAGGGCCGGCGGGCGAGCGUGGAGGUGAGCGGGGCGAGCGGGGCGCUGGUGGUGAGCUCGCGGCUGGACCGGGAGGAGCUGUGCGGGAAGAGCGCGCCGUGCUCGCUGCGGCUGGAGGUGCUGGUGGAGCGGCCGCUGCGCGUCUUCCAUGUGGAGCUGGAGGUCACCGACAUCAACGACAACGCCCCGGUGUUCCCUGCCGCACGGAAAAACCUCAGCAUCGCGGAAUCGUCGCUGCCGGGGUCUCGUUUCCCGCUGGAGGGCGCGUCGGAUGCAGAUGUCGGAGCCAACGCUCAGCUCUCGUAUAGCCUCAGCCCGACCGAGCAUUUAUCUUUGGAUUUACAUAAAUCGAAUGAACAAAAUAGUAUACCCGAUCUUGUUUUAACGAAACCUCUGGACCGCGAGACGAUGCCGAUUCACCAUCUGGUGCUGACGGCGACUGAUGGGGGCCGUCCGCCGCUGACUGGCACUAUGGAGCUUGUGAUCUCGGUGCUGGAUGCUAACGACAACGCUCCCCAGUUUGACCAGACUGUGUAUAAAGUGCAGCUGCAGGAGAGCGCUGCAGAGGGUACGCUGGUGGCGCGGGUCAACGCUACCGAUCCGGAUGAGGGAAUAAACAGUGAGAUAACCUACACUGUGGCAAACUUCCUUCCACUUAGUGGAAAAGAUGUGAUUACUGUCAAUACGAGGACGGGAGACAUACUUCUAACGAGCGGCCUGGACUUUGAAGAAGUCAAUGUGUUUGAUUUUCGCAUUGAAGCGAGAGAUAAAGGGACGCCUCCGCUGUCGGGACACUGCAGAGUGGUGGUGGAGGUGUUAGACGUGAAUGACAACGCGCCAGAAGUGUUGGUGACGUCGCUGUCGGUGCCGAUACCAGAGGACGCGGCGGUGGGGACGGUGGUGGCUCUGCUGAGCGUGUCGGACCGAGACUCGGGGGAGAACGGGCGCGUGCGCUGCACGGUGUGGCCGCCGGCUCCUUUCGGUCUGGUGUCGACGUUCUCGGGCUCGUACUCGCUGGUGCUGCGGGAGGCGCUGGACCGGGAGCGGGUGUCUGAGUACGAGGUGGAGGUGCGGGCGGAGGACGGCGGGGCGCCGCCGCUGCGCGCCAGCCGCGCUCUGCGUGUGCCGGUGUCGGACGUGAACGACAACGCGCCGGCGUUCUCUCAGGCCGUGUACACGGUGCUGGUGCGGGAGAACAACGCGGCGGGCGCGGAGCUGACGCGGCUGUGGGCGCGGGACCCGGACGAGGGGGGCAACGGGCGCGUGAGCUACUCGGUGGCGGAGAGCGGGGGCGGGUCGUCGGUGUCGGGCGGCGGGUGGCGUCCGGCAUCGAGCUACGUGUCGGUGGACGCGGAGAGCGGGCGUGUGUGGGCGCUGCAGCCGCUGGACUACGAGGAGCUGCAGGUGCUGCAGUUCGAGGUGCGUGCGGUGGACGCGGGGGAGCCGGCGCUGUGCGGCAACGCCACGGUGCAGCUCUUCGUGCUGGACGAGAACGACAACGCGCCGGUGCUGCUGCCGCCUGCCGGGGGCGGGCCGGGCGCCGGCGCCGCGAGCUCGGCGGCGUCGGGUGCGGAGUCAGCGGCGCUGUGGGCGUGGGCGUCGUGGGGGUCUCCGGCGGGGCAGGUGGUGGCGAAGAUCCGCGCGGUGGACGCGGACUCGGGCUACAACGCGUGGCUGCGCUACGAGCUGUGGGAGCCGCGGGGCAAGGGCCCGUUCCGCGUGGGGCUUUACAGCGGCGAGGUGAGCACGGCUCGGGCGCUGGAGGAGGCGGACGGCCCACGGCAGCGCCUGGUCAUCGUGGUGCGGGACCACGGCGAGCCUGCGCGCUCUGCUACGGCCACGCUCAGCGUGUCGCUGGUGGAGAGCGCCGAGGCGUCUCUGGCGGCCGCGGGCUCGGGUUCGUGGAAAGUGGCGCUAUCGGCCACGGAAGGCGGCUCAUCGGCUUCGGGGACGACGACGAACGUGUGGCUGGUGGUGGCCAUCUGCGUGGUGUCGAGCUUGUUCCUGCUGGCGGUGGUGCUGUACGGGGCGUCGCGGUGGUCGCCGCGUUCGGCGGUGCUGUCGUGUCCCGGUCCGACCACUCUCGUGUGCGCCAGCGAAGUGGGGAGCUGGUCGUACUCGCAGCGCCAGAGCCGAAGCGUGUGUGUGGCGGACGGUGGGGGCAAGAGCGACCUGAUGGUUUUCAGCCCCAACUUUCCUCUGCCGGCCGGUUCCGCAGCUAAGGAGAUGCAGCCGGAUGUGCCCGCUCUGCUGCAGACGCCAAAACAUCCCAAUCCUGACUGGCGCUACUCUGCAUCCCUAAGGGCAGGAAUGCAAAGUGCUGUGCAUAUGGAGGAGGCAGGAAUCCUACGUGGUGGACCAGGAGGGCCUGAUCAACAGUGGCCAACAGUGUCCAGUGCUACUACAGAACCUGAGGCGGGAGAGGUGUCCCCCCCUGUGGGAGCUGGUGUGAACAGCAACAGCUGGACCUUUAAAUUUGGACCGGGCAAUCCCAAACAAGGUGGUCCUGGUGAGUUGCCAGACAAAUUCAUUAUCCCAGGAUCUCCUGCAAUCAUCUCCAUCCGGCAGGAGCCACCAAACAGCCAAAUUGACAAAAGUGACUUCAUAACCUUUGGCAAGAAGGAAGAGACCAAGAAAAAGAAGAAAAAGAAGAAGGGAAACAAGACUCAGGAGAAAAAAGAAAAGGGCAACAGCACCACUGAGAACAGUGACCAGUGAGGGGUUUAUACUGAAAGAAACCAUUUAGCCAGUUUUUGUAAUAAUGGCAGAUUUCUCCUAUGUAGCAACUCCCAACUUCUUCCUAUUGUUAACAAAUUUCCUGUAUGUACAGACUUGAGAAAAUCAGCAGGAAUUUCACAGUGUCUGUCUAAAUUGCUUAACAGGUUUUGUCUUAAAAGCUUUAUUAAGUCUGGUGUUAACUCUUUUUCUCCACUCUGGCUUGUUUUCAGAAUCUAAAAAGCAGACACAAGUUUCCUUUCUCCUACGCCGAAAAGGAGAAUCUUCACAGUACAGCCAGUGAGAGGUUGGACUCUGCACUGUGGUUCCUGUGCUCCUGUCUUGAUGACACUUACAGGACAGGUUUAAAAGUUUUAAUGUUGUGCACCCUCUACCUGAUUGGAAAUAUUUGUGUGCAGAUGUCAGAUAGAUUAUAUGAGAUCAGAUUAUAAAAUGCAAGAAGAGCUGGUAAAUAUGCAACAAAGGAAACACCUAAUGAACACAAAUGUUCAGAGAUGUUCAGGCUGGGGAGGAAAUGUCUGAAAGGAGAUGACCAGACUUUUCAAAUCUUGAAAAGUCACUGUGUGGAAAUACCAAGUCCUAUACAUGACAUAUUAUACACACCCCUGCAAAUAAAACCUCACAUUUACAGCUCUUGAAGAUACCAUAAAUCUUAUUUUCUACCAAGGAAGCCAUUGGGACAAUUGUCUCUUGAAGCCCUGCAUUAUCCUGGCAUGGCUAGCCCUCAGAGUGUAAGAAGAACUGGGCUGACAUCCCAGGAAUGUAACUGACUGUGAUGCUCUAUGUCCCUAUUUCCACUCUAACAUGAUUUUGCACAUUAUGUCUCUGAAAAGGUCAGAGUUUUUCCACGACACUUAUGCAAAAGAGAGAAAAAAGAAAUGUUAACUAUGCUAUUUGUUAUUUGAGAUAUUUAUUUAUAAAGAAAUAUAGCUGUAAAUGUUGAAGAAAUAUGAUGCCCUUUAACCCAAACAGAAGUCAGUCUAGAGCCAUUAUAAAUUACAAUUGCUGCUAUUAAAGUGCUUUAGAAAAAUUGCCUGAAACAUCUGUAUUAUAUCGGCCACUUGCCAAUAACAGCUUUAUUCUGUCGGGUGACUUGGGGGCUGCCUCUUGCAUGUAUUAAUAAAUACAAGAAUAUCUUUUCUCUUUUUUUAAUUUUUUAUUGCAUUGAUCUGCACUUUGAAUACACCUUUGCAAACAAACUGUCCUCAUAUGAAGAAGCAGAAGCAAACUCCUCACACAAAUGGAUUUACUAACCUGCUAGCUUUGUGCAGUACCUUCGUGUUACCUCCUACACAACCUUUUCUGAGUUUAGUUUAACUUUUCUAUGAGAUUAUGAAUUUCUGACCCUAUUAACACUCAUUAUGUAAAAUUCAAGUACUGUAUGUAUGCUGUAUGCUCUUAUAAGAAUCCUGAAAUAUUUAUUCUGUGCUUGUGUAUGUGAAUGUCAAUGCAACUAUUAUUAGAGUGGACAUUAAGCUUUACCGUUGAAUGUAAAUUCAUUAUUUCUUUUUUGUACACUUGUGGAAAAGUGGAGUAGUGUUAAUUUUUUAAGCCACUGUUGAUUAUCAGUUUUUUGUGUAUGAAACACAAGUAAAAUAUCUUUCUUAAAUCAAG